GACCCCAUUAAUUUCCAAUAUCAUUGGGAAUUUAUAGGUACACAAGCUGAAGAAUGGCAUAGGUUUAAUGGGUUGAUAAUGACAUCGUAAUGAUCAGGGCGCGAAAUGAUUCAGGCAUUAACUAUAAGAUACUCCACCAGGGCCAAUUUAUCGGUUAGUUUAACACUUGAAUCGUUUGAAGUUACACCGAUCAUGUCGUUUGUUACAUCAAGUAGAGAUGGUAGGAAAUUUAUUGAUGACAAUAAUUUUGUGUAUGUGUUUUCGAAGAAAAGUGCAAAUAAAGAAAACUCUAUAUGGGUUUGUGAAAAAAGAGGUCUAUGUAAAGGUCGCAUCUGGACAAUAGCUAACAGAGUAGAAGUUGUCCGUAUAGUAACACCUCACAACCAUGCUGCAGAAGCAACAAGGGGUCCAGUGUUAAAUAUUCUGAGUCGUGUGAAAGAGCGAGCGCGUGAUACAGAAGAAACUCCUCAGCAAAUAUUGGCAACGAAUCUGCAGAAUGUGCAUAGGAAUAUUAUGGCGAAAUUGCCGAGACAGGACGCCAUCAAACGUACAAUUCGCCGACAACGCAAUCAGCAAGGUCUCCCGGAGUUACCAACAGAUCUGGAACACUUGAAUAUUCCCCUACAAUAUCGUGUAAUUGAAGUAGAUGGCUUGGAGCAACAGUUCCUAAAGUACGAUUCCCAAGACACUCUGCUACCUGAUAGGAUAUUAAUUUUUGCCACAGAUGAUAAUUUAAAUAUGCUAAACAGAAGUGAUAGCUGGUAUGGAGAUGGAACAUUUUCUGUAGCUCCAAAUUUAUUUUUUCAAUUAUAUACUAUCCAUGUUGAGCAAUAUGGAACCGUGACACCUGCCAUUUACGCCCUGCUACCAAACAAAACCAAGGAAACUUAUCAGAAGUUACUCCAACAAUUAAAAAAUUUGAUACCUGGGCUGUUGCCAACUAGGGUACUGCUUGACUUUGAAGCAGCGGCAAUGGGAGCAUUUUCCGAAGAAUUUGAAGGCAUUGCGGUAUCCGGGUGUUUUUUCCAUUUAUGCCAAAAUGUAUGGCGAAGAGUACAGUCGGAGGGAUUACAGAUUUUAUACCAAGGAAAUCAUGAUUUUGCUCAAUGGGUGCGGAUGAUCCCAGCCAUUGCUUUUGUGCCUCCACAUCGAGUUUUGGAGGCAUUUGAUGAGUUAGUGGAGUAUGAAAAUUUUCCACCAGAGGCCCAACCGAUUGUGGAUUAUUUUGAGGAUAUCUACAUCGGCCGCCGUGCUCGCAGACAGAGACGUCCACCCAUUUUUUCUAUUGAGAUGUGGAACAUGUACCAACGUACUUUGGAUGGCCGCCAUCGAACCAAUAACAACAUUGAAGGUUGGCAUCGAGGUUUCCAAAGUGUGUGUGUGAUACUUCACCAGAUGUUUUUAAGUUCAUUGAAUCUCUGA